AACAAGAUCCUAGUAACCAUUUCCUUUUGGCAUCAGGAGCUAGAUGAUGUAACUGGCUCAUAAGGAUGCGAAAUGACCGUUUUGCCCUUCUUUUGCCACUGUGAGCUAGUUUGCCUUAAGACGCUGGUCGUUUCCUCUCCCUCUUUUCUUUUUUUGUUGCCGCUGUAGAAGGGACUGGGUUUGGUUUGAAGAAUACCGUGCUGCUCGAACACCCAGAUUUGUGGUUUUGGCUUUAGGAUCUUGGUGAUUGAUUGGAAAGGUUUUAAGAUGCCCAACCACUGUGCUUUCCGUUCUGCCUGAUCAUGGCCCAGAAACUAAACUAAUUAUCUGGGGAGUUUUCGGUGCUAUUGCUAGCUGUUGUUUAUUUGGCAGCGUUAUUCUCAAAUACAAGAACGAGAAUAGGAACAAAUUAUCUCCAAGGUAUCACAAGGAUAUUCAAUCUGAAAUUUUGUUAUGGUAUAGUGGAUCUUCUACGAGUAGUAAUCAUUCUGGGAAUGGGUCAAAAUGGGUACCUUGACAAAAGUGAAUGCAGACAAAUCUAGAGCCGUCUAAUCUAAAUUGUGAGAGUGUGAUCUGGAUUUCUAUAAUCAAUGGAUUGCUUCUUUUGUCUACAAUCAUAAGAAUAGCGAUUGGUUUUGGUUGUGAAGAAAAGGGAGAAGAAGAGCAAUUGGUCUGCGUUUGGUUCGGAUAUUAUUCAGAGAUCGAAGAAGGGACUGUGGUGUUCUGAUUUGUGGCUUUGGUGGGUUUGGCUAGAGUGAGGAUCGCAGUGAUUUAAUAGCAUUAGAUAUUGAAGAUGCCCCGUAGGCCGAUGAGGCAUCGUGGACUGGUGAUAUCGCGUCCUCUGACCUUUUCCCAAUUUGCUCGUCAAUCAGCCGCUAGGGUUGCCUCGGUUUAUACCGCCAAGCUUCAAAUGCACAUCGCAGAAGUCCUUCAAAAAUCACCACCAAACUCCGCAGGUAAUAAAACAGUAAAGAAUAAGUUGAAAGCCAAGAAUGAACAGUUGGAAUCUUCUGAAGAAGAAGAGUUUGAUGGAAAUGUUCAAGUAGAUUUUGCAUUCUUUGAUCCAAAAGCUGAUGACUUUCAUGGAGUGAAGACCUUGCUGCAGACCUACCUUGAUGAUAAAGAGUGGGAUUUGAGUGGUUUCGUAGGCUUAAUAUUGGAACAGACCACUGUAGGGUCUGUUGUUAAAAUAGAGGAUGACGAAGAUAAUGGAAUUUUUGCUCUUGUUACCGCCCUUAACUUGGGGAGAUACAAGGACCAGAAAUGUAUGACAGAGAUUAAUGAGUUUCUCCUGAAAGUUUCUCAGAAGGAUGUAAUAGAUGACCUGAGAUCACUUUUGGGAAAGGAAGCACAUAGUGUUGGUCUGUUGGUCUCUCAACGUGUGACAAAUUUACCUCCACAGCUCUUGCCACCUCUUUAUGACGGCCUCUUUAACGAAGUCUCUUGGGCUACAGAAGAUGAGCCAACAGAGGAGCUCAAGAAUUCUUUUCGAUUUAAGUUUUAUAUAAUAAUCACUAAAUUUUACAGGCACAAAACUGCUGACCAGAAAAGGAAGCAGAAUGUUAAUGAAGAGGCAAUAAUAUAUGUAAAACCAGAAGAUGAAAUAUUUCACAAGCUCAGCUCCUGGUCCUUUGAAUUUUCUUUGAACUCUCCGCAGAUUGCACCUCAUGAGCUAAGAAACUAUCAGCAAACGGGGUUAGUCAUGGCUGUAAAAGCAGACAAGGUCUCUACAUUCCAACAACAGCUGCAAUCUUUAAUCGAGGAACCUUGAUUCUCAUUGCAAGGUCCCAUUUUCCUUUUGCGGGUGCCUGAAUAAUAGAGAGAGCUAGAGGCAAAUGCAUAUUACAACCUUCACGUGGUGAGGAUGUAAGAGCCGUUCAUCAACUUCAUUUGGUCCCAAAUGGUCCCUCCCUCCCUCUUAGGAUUCAUCGAGAAAGUGAAGUCUCUAAUGGGAGGUACAAACAUGUAUGGAGCAACGUGUCGUGGAUCAUUAUGCUCUCUAUUAUCUUGGAGAUUUUAUAUGAACCAGUAAGGAAAAUAGACAAGCAGGGAAUACCAUCUGGAUGAGAGCAAGGGAUUAUGAAUUUAUGCAAAAGACCAAAGAAUAGUACUAUCGACUUCCAUUAUUUGGUCUUAAAAAUUUUGUGUGGCGGUUAGAACAUUAAGUAGGGUUUGUACCCUUGUUUUUUUAACUUUUGACAAUUUCUUUGAAAUUCCGUAGUCUUUAGUUCUUUACGCAGAUAAUUACAUGCAUAAUUUAGUCGA